AUGCCUCCUCCAAGGGGGGGCGGCAACGUGGCCACGCGCACGAUCGCCGCCUCCCCCCGUGCGGUACGUUGCCUCGCCAAUGGCUGCGAAGCGGAUGGUGGCCGUGACGGGAAGGAGGAGGAGCGGGGCGGUGGUUGCUGGGUGUCGUACGGGUGGCGCCGCCUACCGCGCCGCCUGCCACCCGCGAUCCAGUCACCCCGGCCGCUUGUGCGGGAGCGCACCGCCGACGGCCGCCUCGUGAUCUCGCGGGAGGAGGCCGCGCACCGCGUCUGCGCCAGGAAGGUCGAGGACCACCGCCUCGUCCUGGAGCUCGUCGACGAGCGCGACGGCGGCGCGGCGCCCCCGCCUCAGGGGCGGCGGCGGUGGUCGCAUCCGUUGGUCGGGCAGGAAGCCAAGGCGUCUGCAUCAGCCGCCGGCGAGGAGUCUGCGCCUGCGGGGGCGCCAACUACGUCUCCGGUUGCUGCGGUCCCGGUACCGCCCGUCCUGGCCGAGGCGUGCUUCGAGGGUGCGAUCCGCGAGGCGUCGCUGCGUGAGAUGCGGAUGAGCUUGCUCAGGAUGGUCCAUUGA